GGCGGGAGCGGAGCGGGACUCGGGCUGCGCAGGUGUCUGGGCAGGGUCUUACGGCUGUGGAGCCCUCACCCUGCCGAGGGCAGGGCCUGCUGCCUCCAGGAUGGCGAGGUGGCUGCCUCGCUCUGCCGACCUGACCCGCUUCUGCCAGAAACUCAACCGGGUGAAGACAUUGGAAGACGACAUGAUGGAAACAUCCUUCAACAGAUGCCUUUCCACCAUCGAUUUGACGCUGCUGGGCAUCGGGGGCAUGGUGGGCUCCGGGCUCUACGUACUCACAGGCACUGUGGCCAAGGAGAUCGCCGGCCCCGCAGUCAUCGUCUCCUUCAUCAUUGCCGGCUUCGCCUCACUCCUGGCUGCUCUCUGCUACGCAGAGUUCGGAGCCCGCGUACCCAAGACAGGCUCUGCCUACAUGUUCACCUACGUGUCUGUGGGUGAGAUCUGGGCCUUCCUCAUCGGCUGGAACGUGUUGUUGGAGUACAUGAUUGGGGGAGCUGCGGUGGCCAGGGCCUGGAGUGGCUACCUGGACUCUAUCUUCAACCACAAGAUAAAGAACUUCACCGAGACCCACGUGGGUGCCUGGCAGGUGCCGUUCCUUGCCCGCUACCCCGACUUUUUGGCAGCUGGCAUCCUGCUGGUAGCCACUGCCUUCAUCUCCUUUGGGGCCAAAGUGUCCUCCUGGCUCAACCACGUCUUCUCAGCCAUCAGCAUGGGUGUCAUCCUCUUCAUUCUCAUCAUGGGCUUUGUCCUUGCACAGCCUAAGAACUGGAGUGCCCAGGAGGGCGGCUUUGCCCCAUAUGGGCUGUCAGGCAUCAUGGCUGGCACAGCCACUUGCUUCUACGCCUUUGUAGGCUUCGAUGUCAUCGCAGCCUCCAGUGAAGAGGCCAGAAACCCACAACGGGCUGUCCCUAGGGCCAUCGCUUGCUCCUUGGGGCUGGCCACCGGGGCUUACAUCCUGGUGUCAGUGGUGUUGACGCUGAUGGUGCCCUGGCACACGCUGGACCCCGACUCGGCCCUGGCAGAUGCGUUUUACAGGAGGGGCUACGCCUGGGCAGGGUUCCUGGUGGCCGCUGGCUCCAUCUGUGCGAUGAACACGGUCCUGCUGAGCAACCUCUUCUCCCUGCCACGCAUCGUCUACGCCAUGGCCGAGGAUGGGCUCUUCUUCCAGGUCUUCUCCCGAGUGCAUCCCCGCACGCAGGUGCCCGUGGUCGGCAUUGUGGUUUUUGGGCUGCUCAUGGCCCUGUUGGCCCUUGUCUUUGACCUGGAGGCCCUGGUGCAGUUCCUGUCCAUCGGAACACUGCUGGCCUACACCUUCGUGGCCGCCAGCAUCAUCGUUCUGCGCUUCCAACAGCAGAAAGUGGACGCCCCUGCACCAGCAGCUGGUGGACGGCCCAGCCCUGAGCCCCGUGAGGGUCCAUCCACCGAUGAGCUGAAGGAGUAUGAGUCCUUCUCAGACAAGCUCCAGCUGGUGGACAGGGAGAAGAGCAAAGAGCACCGUGAGCCGGGGCAGCUGAAGGCAGCGUUCGAACCCUACCUGGAGUUCCUCAGCGACUUCUACCCAGGCGAGGUGGUCACUGUGGCUGUGGUGACCCUGAUGGUGUCCGCCGUCUGCCUCUGCUCCAUCUUGGUGUUCGGCAACACCCACCUCCACCUGCCCACCUGGAGCUACUCCCUGCUGCUCGUCCUCUUCAGCCUGGGCUUCCUGCUCAGCCUCUUCCUCAUCUGGGCGCACGAGCAGCAGCGCAACACUCAGACCUUCCAGAUCCCCUUGGUUCCCCUCUCCCCGGCACUGAGCAUCGUCCUCAAUAUCUACCUGAUGCUGAAGCUCAGCUACAUGACGUGGCUCCGCUUCGCCGUCUGGCUGCUCCUAGGUCUGCUCGUCUACUUUGGCUACGGCAUCUGGCACAGCAAGGAGAACCUGCGGGAGCCCCGGCCACAGCGUGUCAGUGCCCGCUACGUGGUGUUCCCCAGUGGCAGCCUCGAGGAGAGGGUGCAGGCAGUGCAGCCCAGCUCCCAGCCUGCCGCCGGCCUGCCGGACACCGACACCGAUGACUGCAAGAGAUGACAGCCUGGGGACAGGGACACCUGAUCCCCUCCCCAAAGUCCCCUUCUCUUCCUCCUCCUGGUCUCACCAGGGUUGCCCUGGGUUUGUGGCUCCAUCUGGAGAUGUUGAGGAUGCUCAUCUUUCCCCACCGGCUCCCACAGAAUGUGGAGGGGCUCCUGGCUCCCUCCCAAUCCCAGUGCUCAGGAACUGGGGCUGAGCACUCCCAGCCCUGCCCUGUUCACCAGGAACCACCUCCUCACCACCGUUCUGCUGGUCCAUCCGUGCGGCCGGGGGUGCAGAGGGGGACUGGGGCAGCAGCCCAGUGCUGCCUAUCCUGGGUCUUCUCCUGGUUGCAGCCCCACAGAGCCCCUGCCUCCAGCUGAGCCCACCUGCAGAAGGAGGCAGGGGCCAAAUGCACUUUCCUACUGGCAUCCCUGCCAUCCCCCGGGUUGGGCUGAGCUGGGGACGUGAGACGGACAACAGACAGGACCAGAGCCGGGGGCUGGGCAGGGACCCCAGGAAGGUCGAGGGAGCCCAACCAUCUUCCCAGCCACUGGCAUCCGCUGUUCCACGUGGGGCAAGGGAGCCGUGGUUCUGCCCAGGCCAGGCUUUUGCCCCAGCCCUGUGCCAGCUGUGGGCACUCAGGACUCUGCAAUUGUUGCCUUCUCCCCGGAGAUCCCCUGCGAUCCAGCUCCCUGCUUGCCCUGCACCCAGCAGCACAGCCUGCACUGCCGCCUGCCCGGUGUGGGGGGCUCAACAUCUCCAGGAUGCACCUCCCAGGCUCUCGGUGCCUCGGGACAGGCUCUGAGGGUGCUUUUCAGUGUUGCCCCCUCCCUUGUGAGCAUCCCUGUGCUUUGGGGCUCAUCUCGGCUGCCGUGGUCUCCAUGGGGUCCCCAGCUGGUUUGCCCGUGGGCAGCCCCGAAGGGAAAGAGGGUUUAGCACGUUUAGGAAGAAAUAGGUGGAGGAAAAGAUGAGUUGAGCAUGAGGUUGCUGAACUGCCAGGCCUUGCAGCAUGGACACCUUGUUCCCUGCAGGAUGUGUGUCCCAUCCUUUGAGGAGCCAGGGAUCGCAGGUAAUUAAGUUCCAUUGCUUAUUGCUGUGCUGGCCUCGGAGGGGGCCAAGAGGGGCUGUGGAGGGUGCGAUCCCCUCUGUCUGCCAGCGCUGCUCUGUGUCCCGCAUCACCCUGCGCUGCCGCUGCUGGCGGAGCGGCGUGUCCCUGCCGUGCUGUGGCCCUGCUUGACACCUCUGUGUAGUGGCUUGUGAGCAAUGGGCUGACUUGGUCACCCGCAUAAAUACUGGUUGUGUGACGGCUCUGGUUGUUGGUGCUGUGUGUGCUCCCCUUUUCCCCCCAGAAUCCAAGUGGGGCAGCUGCUCCACAGCCGCUGCUCAGGAAACCCCUGGAAAGCUUCAGGAAAGGCUGAGUGGUGCCAGUGCUGCUGCUCUGUGGUCACCUCCUCCUUCUCCCCAGCCCUGCAAAGGGUGAACCUCAUAAGGUUCAACAAGGCCAAAUGUUCUGCGCUGGAGAAGAGUCAAUCCCAAACACAAAUCCACACUGGGUGGAGAAUGAAUUGGGAGCAGCUCUGAGGAGAAGGACUUGGGGUGCUGGGGGAGGAGCAGCUCAACAUGAGCCAACAACGUGUACUCACAGCCCAGAAACCAACCGUGUCCUGGGCUGCAUCCAGAGCAGUGGCACCAGCAGAGCCAGAGAGGGGAUUCUGCCCCUCUGCUCCACUCUGGUGAGACCUCACCUGGAGCCCUGUGUCCAGUUCUGGAGUCCUCAGCACAGGAAAGUCCUUUCUAACCCAAAUCAUUCCAUGGCAGGAAGGUGCCCUGCACAGGCACAGGACAUGCAUGAAUCGAUGUUGAAGCGUUUGCCCGCUCAGGCACACCAAGCAGGGGUCAGCAGCCUCUGCCACCAAGGGAGCCAGGAUUUAGUCCUGAAAAUUGCAUCAGUGGGGAAAAAUAAUAUCCCAGCGGAGCACAGUGGGCAGAGCUUUAAGAUGUCAGCCUGAAAAUGUCAAAGAAAAGCCCCAGUUCCCCAGCUGUAGCCCACGUGUGAGAUCCAGAUCCAAACCAACACCCUCGUGUACAGUGCAGAAUCCAGGCUACCCAGAGCGGAACACGGCACUGGUGUUUCCCUGUUUGCCGUAGGAGCAUCUUUCUCCAAAUGAGUUUAAAAUAAAUGGUGUUCUCUGGGACUCAUGGCACCGUCCUGAUCCGUCAAGCUGGACCGCGUGGAAAUCAAUCCC